AUGCUGGACCGUUGCGACGCGCGACGAAGAGAGCAACGGCUUGACCUUCGCAAGUCUGCCAGUGACCCGCGCGCCCGCCCCGCCCGCUGGCUGCGCCCUCUCCGUACUCUUCACCGCCUCGUUCCGACGCGUCCAAGAGGCUCGUUGGGCAAAGUGAGGAGGACGAGUAGGCCAGCGGACACGCGCACGAAGCCGAACGAACCCACUUGA